CUUAUAUCUCGCACCACCGGACGAAGGCCGAUUUUGAAGUCCUUUGCCUUCUGACACUCCUUACUUCCCCAUAGACAAGACUGAGCUGAAGAUGGUGUACAUCUCGGUGACCACACUUAAUCUGACCAUUGGGUGCUUGCUCAUCGCCUCGUGGGCCAAUUUUAUUCUCGUCACUCUCGAAUGUAUCGAGACUGCGAAGUAUUUUAUGCGGUAUCCUCGAGACCAGUGGUUCAACAAAAUAUCUGUCCUUUCGGCAUUCGCGUGUGAUAUUCUUACGGUGUUCUGCUCUGCGGUCACCAGUUAUCUCUACAUGGUUACCCACUGGGGCAGCGAGGAUUACAUUGGCACUCAACCCUGGUCGAUCCCUGUGUACAUCCUGGGCACGGCCUGCACCGCCGCGAUCGUGCAGAUCUGGCUGACGCGCAUGGUGUACAACCUGACCCGGCAGUGGUAUUGGCUGCCAAUCAUCGCGUUGUUCAUCCUCACUGGUAUCGUCGGUGGGGCGGCGACCUCCGCGCAGCUGUUCAUCAACUCGUCGUACACGGGCCGGCCGGCGCUCGUCCGAUACGUCACCAUCUGGUUGUCGGGCUGUGUGGCGGCUGAUGCUAUCAUCACUGCAAUCCUGGUCGUCAAGUUCAGGACGAUGAAUGCGCAGACGACAUUCUCCGACACGCGCAAUCUUAUCCGGAGAUUGACUAUCGCGUCGCUCAGAAACGGGUCGAUCACGACCAUCAUGACGAUCAUCACUGUCAUCGUCUUCAGCGCCCAGCCCGAGGCCAACUCGGCGACGAUGAUCGAAAUCACGAUCGGGCGGAUCUACACGCUCUCGAUGCUGUCGAACCUGAACAACCGCUCGUCGCUGUUCGGGGGGUCGACGGAGGGCAAGACGUCGGACCAGACGCACCACCACCACGCGAACCACAACAACACGAACACACAGGGCAACGUGCCGACUGUGCUGCGCAUCCGGCAGGACAUCGAGACGCACUACCAGCGCGACGCGAUCCCGAUGGAGACGCGCGUCGGCAUGAACAAGAGCGAGGGUGACUUGGAGUCUGCCGUCGAGUACCAGGACGGCAAGGAUGACGACAAGUAUGUCAACCCGUUCUAGGCUCGCCCAGAUUCGUUGUACUCGUUACGUUAUCCCACUUUCUUUACAAGGAGAGCAGUCUAAUCUUCCUGGACCUGUACAGUAGAUCUGUUGCAUGCGGUGGUUGUGCACGUGCCAUCGCAUGGGCCGUUGCGUGGAAUAUACUGG